AUACUAAUUGAGAUAAGAAAACGUAUGUCUCCCUCUCGCUCCCGUAAUUUGCAUCAUCAGUGAAAUAAAGCAUAGAAUCAUCGGAUUGCGAUCACAUCUUCUAGCCGACCUAUCAUCGUCGAGGAGGUUUUUGGUGACUAUUGCUGGAGCAGGUUUAAGAACCUUUCUUAACUGUUGAGCAUGAAUCUUAAUGAUCUCAACAAGGUUUGGGAAAUCAAACCCCUAAAGAGAAUUGGAGAAGAUGAAGCAAGGAAGAUUCUUGAAAAGGUAGCUAAACAGGUGCAACCUAUAAUGAGGAAAAGAAACUGGAAAGUCAAAGUUCUUUCUGAAUUCUGUCCUGCCAAUCCAUCACUUCAAGGCCUGAAUAUAGGACCAGGUGCAGAGAUAAAGCUAAGAUUGCGGAGGCCUGACCGUGAAUGGGAUUUCUUCCCUUAUGAACAGAUUCUUGACACAAUGUUACAUGAACUUUGCCAUAAUGAACAUGGUCCUCACAAUGCUCAGUUUUAUAACCUUUUGGAUGAAAUCAGGAAGGAAUGUGAAGAACUGAUGGCGAAAGGGAUUAGUGGUACUGGGCAAGGAUUUGACCUUCCUGGGAGACGUUUGGGUGGAUUUUCCCGUCAACCACCUUUACCAUCACUUCGCCAGGCUGCAUUGGCUGCAGCUGAAAGCCGAGCACGUCAUGGAGCUUUGUUGCCUUCUGGACCUCAGCGUUUAGGUGGUAACAGUAGCAUUAAGUCAGCUUUGAGUCCAGUUCAAGCAGCUGCUAUGGCAGCAGAAAGGAGACUGCAUGACGACAUAUGGUGUGGAUCAAGGUCUGCGAACGGUGACACACAUAACCAUGAUAAUACGACUUUGAUUGGACCUUCUGGGAGGCAAGGAAUGUCCUGCAGUUCUGAUAAUGGAUCCCUUCAAUCUACAAUGGACAGGGAAACAGCAGAUGAUGGAGCAAAAUGGCAGUGCAAUAUCUGCACCUUAUUAAAUGAGUCAAUUGCUCUGGAAUGUGAAGCCUGUGGAACACAGAGGAAGAAAAAUAUCGCCAAGUCCAAGAUGUGGUCCUGCAAAUUUUGUACACUUGAAAACACGGUUGAGAUAGAUAGAUGCUUAGCUUGUGGAGAAUGGAGAUAUUCAUAUGGCCCACCUGUCUCCAUCCGCGGGCCAUAUGUUGGCACAUGAGUCUGACUGGACAUAAGGAAAGAAAGUCAAAGGAACCGAUACAAAUUAUUUGCCUUUCAUAUGUACAUAAUUCUAGCAUUGAUACUCUAGCAUAUUGAAGAACUGUGUGAAUGCAAGGAUGUUAUCUUAACUGUGUGUAUAUUGUGGCGACUGAAGCUGUUGGCAGAACAUACAAACAAUGCAAGUUGUCAAAUUGAAAUUUGUUCUAGUUGCUUGAGUGGAGUUAAAAGGACUAGUUGUUAUCUUUUA